CUAUGUGUGUGCUGCUUUGCAGAUUGUUUCUAUUCUUUUAGCAUGCCUUAUGUUAGGCCUGGGGGGUUGAGUUUGAUGAGGUAUGCCCUGUUCUUGUCCUUUGUGUUGGACUCAUGUUCUUGUCCUUCGUGUUGGACUCAGGUCAUCUUGGGUCACUCAGGUACAACUGAUUUGCAUGAUGGUGUUCUAAGAGCUGCACCCCACUCCACAGCUGCUCUUGCAUCCAUGCAGAGCAGAUGUCUGCAGAGUUGUAGGACAGGCAUCUGAAUGUUGUGCCUGAUAUGUAUUCAGCGCAUGGUCUGUUACUCUCUUGAUGUUACUGUCCAUGCAGUACAAAGGAGACAUAGGCCAAAGCAUCCUCAGUGUUACCCAGAGGCGUACCCUUGUUCUCAUUCCUGUUCCUCAGAACAUGUGGCAUACAGCACGGGCUGCGGGGGCCUGCUCUGCAGUGUUCAGCCAAGUGGCAUUCAUUCCCCAGCACCCUGUCUGUGAGCUGCUGAUGUCCAGCCUGUUCUGCUCUGCGACAGGGAGGCUGUGUCCCUCACAGCUUGGUUGCCACUAGGUGGGGGCUGUGAUCCAGCCUGAGGAGUACUGGGAGGCCAGGUGAGACUUUGCCUCCUGGCCGGCCUGUCCUCAAAAUUUUCGGCCUCCAAGAUGCACGAACAGCAGCUGGUAGACAGCUGCAUUCUGACUCCUGCCAGGCCACUGGCUGCAAGGUGCUUCCUGUGGAGUGGAAAAGUCCUGCUGGUGCCCACACCUCUCAGUGAAAGUGGGUAAGGAGCUGACAGCACAGGUCCCUGGGGCUGAAGAGGCUAGAGCUAUUGCUGGAAAGACUGCUGUUGGCACUGUUCAAUGUAGUAUGGCAGAAGUCCCCCUUGCUAUGGUCAGGAGAAAGGGAGCCCCCAGCAGCCCUGUGCCAGCGGUCCUGUGAAAGGAUGGAGCAGCCAGGACUGCUGUGCUGGCAGGUGUUGGUGAGGCACGUGCUUCAUGCACAGGAGCAAGGGAGGGUUUAUUGUCUGUGAUCAUCACCCCUUGGUGCAGUGGUUUCUGCUCUGCUUUCCCGGAGAAGCGGCAGCAUGCUAUCAGGGCUCUAAUUCACAACUUCUUGAGAUGUCCCAGCUUAUAUUUGCAGUGGAGGUUAGAACUUUGAAAGAAGAGUAAGAGCACAGCAGUUGUGUGCAGACAAAAACGCUGCCAGAAACACAGCCAGCAUGACUAAGUGUCAAGCAAUUUCCAGCAGUAUGUUUUGCCCAAGCUGACUGUACAAGGUGAGAGAGUGGGAGUUUUCCAGAGUCUGAAGUUUGGCUUGGGGUCUGCUUGAGAUGUGCUCAUGUCAGGAAAACUGGCAAGGAUUUUUUCUGUGUGUGUGUGCUGUACUCUUUACCCAGCUGCUUGGCAGUCCCUGACUCAAAAGGCUGCCUGUCUGCUUUGGUUUCUGUAAAUUUCAGGGACUAUUUUUGCCACUUCUACCUUUCUGUGUGAGCAGAGCUCAGCAAACUCCUGGCUACUGUGUUUGUGUGGGAGACAUGGACACUUCACUUGAUAUAAGUUGUACUGAUAAGCAGUGCCUAAAAGCAACCAUGUAGCCAAAAUAAACAGUGGUAUGAUGUGAAUUCUCCAUGUUAGGUAUGGAAGAGUCAUGGGCUAAUCAGACCGGGGAGAUGAGUUGUGGGCAGAGGUUUGUUUACCAAGUAGCUCAUAAACAAGUCAUGCUGCUAUUAGUGAGAUGUGUCACCUUCAAAAUUCUAGGUUAGCUUUAAGUUGCUUCAGGGUCCUUUUGUAGAAGAUGCCAUUCCUGUGAUACGUAUUAUCCUUAAAGAUCCCUGAACGUUUUUUAUCACUUGCAUUAUUGAUAUGGGUUUCUCAUCUCUUCAGGCUCGAAUAAUUGCUCUGCUUCCUGAAAUGUCCGCUGCAGGAUAGCGAUGGAUUUAGGCCUUGCGUUUGUUCUGGAACAGAGCUCCCAGAAAGUGCAGGCUGUUUCUUGUUACAAACUGUAAAUGUUUUCAGCUUGAAAAGUACAGCAGAAAUGGGCAGCAUUAAAUAACAUGAUAUUAGACAUCCAUGGCACAUACCCUGUAGCAGGACGGAGGCAGAACAGAGCUCUAUUUGUGCUGACUGUGCUCUGCAGAUCCGGGGUGUGUGCUGUGGAUUUGUUCAUCGUGGGGACAUCAUUAUAGCUGGGUCUUCUGUUCUUUUGUUGCGUUCCAAAUACCCAACAUGCAUAGAAGUGUUCCCACACUUUAUUUUCAGAUAUGUGAGAGACAAGCUGCAGAGUUGAGUUGUCAUUUGUGGGGCAGUGUAAGUCCUGUGGAGUUUAUCCAGUUCUCUUAAACUACUGAUGUGCUCCUUAGAAAAUGACGAUCUAAUUGCAGCUUGUGCUUUGGCUUUUAGGGACUCGAGAUGCAGCACCAAUAGGCAAAGUCAAAACUGAAUUAUCUGCUCUUCUGUACUACAAAGAAAUGUCAUUGUGGUUUGUGCAGCAGGCUCAGCUCAGCUGUGCAGAGGUGUGCUGCAGCAGAAGCUAGUUAAAUUCCUGGAGGCAGGAGGUAUGUCCUGGCUCUGCUCCCAGCCUUCAUUGGCACAAAAGUGCUUCCUCUCUGCACUCUGAGCGAAAUGGGGUACUAUGUUCUAGGCUUUACACCAAAAGGGAAUUUUUCUUUGGAACCCAACCCAAAGUAACCCUCAAAGCCUUGUUGACUUCAUAGCUGGAAUUCUACCUUGGAAUUCAACACUUCUUUUUGCUUAAUCUGGGGCUAUUCAGGCAUCUGAUUCUACUGUUAGAGACCAGUGGAAAGUUGAUGGGAGCAGGGUACCUCUGAAACGUGUAGCUGUUACAGCCUAUGUAGCCAAGGCUCUUUUAUCAUAGGUCCUGUCUCUUCCCAUUACUUGUGUCCAUUUCAUGGAGUGAUCCCCUCUUCUGGUCAGCAGCCACGUGAGAUGACUGCUGUGGCUUUGCUGGUGCAACAGGCAGUAAGAGGAGGGACUCCUGCUGGCACGAAGCAACUGUGCCUGCACAGCUGCAGCCGAGGCUAAAGAAGGUUGAGAGCUGUCCAUUUUGGUGAAGAUAAUGUAGGGUGUCCUAAAACCAUCUAGCUCUCUGCCUGCCAGUGUGACAUCUGGUAAGUGUGACUCAGGAGAGGCUGAAUCUGGGGCAAGACCCGGAGCAGAGGAAGAAGAGAAAUGGUGCUGGGCUGGGGAAACUCUGAUGGAGGAAAAAGGAAAGGCCAGGGUGAGGUGAGGCGAGGCUGGCAGCAGGAAUGGAAAUGUUGGGUUCAACCUCCAGGUGUGGUUCUCUUGGAUUCCUUGUGCUUCUCAGCACCAGCUCAGGGACAGGCGGGGACUGCAACUGAAGCAGUGUGUCUUGUCUGCCGCCAGUGUCUGCUGUGUGGCAGCAUGGAGCACUCCAUCCUGUUUCACCAAGAAUUUCAGUGAUGCCAUGAGAACAGCAGAGACAUUGGGUGGCAAUGACUGAGGGAGCUGUCACAGCCUCUGGGAGACACACUGGAGGUAGCUGCUCAGCCUGUGCAGUGGGACAGCAUGGGGCUGCUGGCACUGCCUGCACGGAUGGCACAGAUCAAAGGCUGUCCUUGAGGGAACUUCUCUGAAGCUACACCUCAGUUUACUUUUAAAUUUGAGGCAGAGGCAAAAGUUACUUGAACUUGUUCCAGUGGAAUGAUGGGGAAUUAAUUAGUUAAUGAAUACUCAGAGAUGCAAACUAAGAGCUAGUUGUUCACACUGUGUUGGGGCCAGUAUAUCAUCCUGAGCUCCAUCUCUCCGUGCCUGCCAAAAUUUUUUUUACUAUUACACAGGUGGAUGUGUUUUCAGCAAAGGCUACCACGUGGAAGAUUUUAAAAACUAAAAUAAAAAGCAGCUCCAAGUUUGAAAUCAUGCUGCCAGGGAGAGUGUUUGCAAGGAAGCAGCCUGAUAAACAAGGACAUUUGAUGAGUUGCAAAGAGGUGAAAUUCUACAGUGUGGCAACAAUUCCCAUCCUGUGAGAACCUCACUGUGGUCCCAGCCACCUUGGGCUGACUACAGGAUCGUCGUUAUUAUGGGCAGCCUCAGGAAACUGGGCUGGACUGAAAAAGUAACAGUGAUGUGAAGUUAGUCUGAGUCACUGACUACAUCCAUCCCCUGUGGUUCUCUCAGGGCACUGCUGUUAGAGGAAGGCAGAGCAGGAUGCAGAGUGAGAGCUGCUCUUUCUGGUCACCACGAACUUCAGAUCUCCUCCCCUAGCCUCUCCCAGUCUUUUGUACUUUCCCUGCUAAUCCAUCCACUGCAGUGUAAACUGACAGAAGCAGCAGUUAGAAGCCCUGCUCUGAAAACGACUUGGAACGCCUUGAAACCGGCAGCAGCCAUGAACAUGAAAACCGUGCUCGUGCUGCUCCUCCUGGCCCUGGCCACAAUCUUUGCCCUCGUCUGUGUGCUGCUGACCCGGGCACGGGCCCCCAGCACCUGCCAGCAGCAGCCCCCGGCACAGGAGGAAGCGGAUGACAGCCACAGCCGAGUCUUUGCCGACCUGACACCUGAGGAGCUGGCACAGGUGGUGCAGUACCUGCGGGGCAGCCUCGGGGUGCCGCUGGCCGACGCAGCACACGCCAAACCCUCUGACAACUGCAUUGCCUCCGUGGAUGUGCAGCUCCCGGCCAAGGCAGAGGUGCUGCGGUUCCUGGACGCCGGUGGUGCUCGCCCGUCCCGUGAGGCACUGGCCGUGCUGUACUUUGGGGCCCAGGCAGAGCCCAACGUCACCGAGUACGUGGUGGGCCCACUGCCAGCACCAACGUACCACCGGGACAUCACGGUGCAGAAGUAUGGGGGGAAGGUGCCAUACUACCGCAGAGCUGUCACUGGUGUGGAGUAUGCUGCCAUCAAUGAGCUCAUCCAGCGGGAGCUGAGGAAGGCACCGCGCUUCCUUGCUGCAUGCUGCGCAUCUGAUGGAACUGACCUGACCACCAUCACCACUGCACCCCGGGGCUUCAAGUCUGGAGACCGCGCCACGUGGUUCGUCCUCUUCCAUGGCAUUGCCGGCUCUGGUUACUUUGUCCUGCCUGUGGGGCUGGAGGUGCUGGUAGAGCAUGGACCGCUCGAUGUCUCCCAGUGGUACCUGCGCCAGGUCUUCUACAAUGGACAUUACUUCCCCAGCAUCACUGAGCUGGAGAAUGCAUUUGUGACCAACUCCCUGAAGGUGGUUGUGGUUGAGAAGCCCCAGGGAGACGCGGUGCUGGGCUCCAUGAGACCCCUGCGCUCACCUGGUGCUCCGGGACCACUUCAGUUUGAGCCCCAGGGUCCCCGCUACAGAGUCAGGGACAACCGUGUCACCUACCAGGGCUGGAGCAUUGCCUUUGGCAUGAGCCCCAACACUGGCCCACGGCUCUUUGACAUCCGUUACCGUGGGGAAAGGAUUAUCUAUGAGCUGAGCCUGCAGGAAGCUUUAGCUUUGUAUGGCUCCAACUGCCCUGGGGGUAUGUCCACCCGCUACCUCGAUGGCAGCUUCGGCAUCGGCAGGUUUGCCUAUGAGCUGGUCCGGGGCAUUGACUGCCCCUACACGGCCACCUAUGUGGAUCGGCACUACCUGUCUGAGUCAGAUGUCCCCAGAACCAACCAGAACUCACUCUGCAUUUUUGAGCAUGACACUGCCCUUCCUCUGCGGCGGCACUUCUCUGACACACAUUCCUUGUACUAUGGAGGGCUGCGGAAAAACACCCUGGUCAUCCGUGCUGUCUCCACGCUCAUAAACUAUGACUACAUCUGGGACUUUAUGUUCUACAGCAACGGGGCUGUGGAGGUCCGGGUGCAUGCCACCGGCUACAUCAGCUCCUCCUUCUUCCAUGACCAAGGCACUGUCUAUGGCAACAAGGUUGGGCCACACACACUGGGGACGAUGCACCUGCACCACAUUCACUACAAAGUGGACCUGGAUAUUGAUGGGCAGCUGAACUCACUGGAGUCCCACGACAUGGGGUACAAGACAGUGAGCAUCCCCUGGAGCCGAGGGAACACCCUCCUGCAGCCAUUCCUCCACCGGAAGAGGCUGGAGAGAGAGAAUGAGGCGGCGUUCACCCUCAAUGCCUCUCUCCCCCGCUACCUCUCCUUCACUGGCCCCAAGCCCAAUCGAUGGGGACACCUUCGCAGCUACCGAGUGCAGGUGGUCAGCUUCCCUGGGGAGCACCUGCCCACCAGCAGCCCCAUGGAGAAAGCCAUCAGCUGGGGCAGGUACAAGCUGGCUGUCACCAAGCGGAAGGAGGAGGAACCGACCAGCACCAGUGUCUACAAUCAGAAUGACCCUUGGACACCCACCAUCACCUUUGCUGACUUCAUCAAUGAUGAAAACAUCAUUAAGGAGGACCUGGUCGCGUGGAUUUCUGUGGGGUUCCUCCACGUUCCUCAUGCCGAGGACAUACCCAACACAGUGACUGUGGGGAACAGUGUCGGCUUUUUCCUGAGGCCCUACAACUACUUUGACAAGGACCCCUCUCUGUACUCACCUGACGGCAUCUAUUUCAGCAGUGAGCAGGAGAUAGGGGCAUGCGAAGCCAACCCACUCGCCUGCCUGCCCACAGCCACCUGUGCCCCACGCCUUUCACCCUUCCACUAUGGCGGCUUCCUCAAUAUCAGCCUGGGCCCCCCACUUGGAGGGCACUGAUGAGGUCGAAGAGCAGGACAGGUGCUGGUACAGGUGGCCCAUGUCCAGCCAUUGGGCUGCAUUCCUGGAGGGCUUUCAGUGAUGGAAGGAGUGCAGCCAGCUCAUCGGGACCUGCCCUGCUCACCUCCUCCUUCAGGUCAUGGAUGUGAGGCUCUAUCCCACUGAGGUAGUCAGGUGCCUCUGUGGUGAUGGAGUCACCCGGGGCCAGGCUGGAACUGCCGUUGGAGCUGUGCUGCUUGGUGACUGCUGCUCCAGGGGAUGCUGGGUGCCAACUUCUGUGUUAGCACUGAGCUCUGAGAACAGGACUGGGGAUAAGGACGGUGCACUGAAUGAGCAUGCUGCAGGAUGGUAGCCUGGUGCCCAGCCAGCUCCAAUAAAGAAGCACGUUAGUGCAUUUUCUGACCCAA